AAGAUGUUGGUGCACGAUCUUCUAGUGCUCUCUUUGGCACUUGGUGCAGCUUUUGCUGACAAAUGUGAAUAUGCUUCUAUCUCUGAGAAGAAGCAGAACAUCCUGAACCUGUUGGCAUGCUGGAAUGAUGAGGCUGCAAAUAGCAAAUCAGAUUCUGGGUACCCUACUGGAGGUUCUGACUAUGGAUACAGGAAUUGUAAGGAAAUCAAGAGUUCAGACAGAUAUGCUAAAGAUGGAAUUUACACUCUGACCACUGAAGAUGGAGCGAUCUACCAAACCUUCUGUGAUAUGACAACCAAUGGUGGAGGUUGGACACUGGUGGCAAGUGUACAUGAGAACAACAUGAAUGGAAAAUGCACACCAGGAGAUCGUUGGUCCAGCCAGCAGGGAAACAACCCUAAUAAUCCAGCAGGAGAUGGGAACUGGGCGAAUUAUGCCACAUUUGGGCUACCAGAUGGUGCAACUAGUGAUGAUUACAAGAAUCCAGGGUAUUAUGAUAUCACUGCCGAAGAUCUGAGCCUGUGGCAUGUUCCCAAUAACACACCCUUGCCUCUCUGGAGGAAUUCAUCUCUUUUGAGAUAUCGUACGGACAACAGUUUCUUUAAACAGGAGGGUGGCAACCUCUUCCAGCUAUACAAGAAAUACCCUGUGGUUUACAAUAUUGGAACCUGUUUGGCACACAAUGGACCUGCUGUUCCUGUUGUGUAUCACCAUUCUUUCUGUACAGAUGAGUUCACUGCCGGCUAUGUCCAGUUCCGAGCUAUUAACACGGAAAGAGCUCCCCUGGCUCUUUGUGCUGGUGUAAAAGUGACAGGCUGCAAUGUAGAGCAUCACUGCAUUGGAGGAGGUGGAUACAUGCCAGAGGCAUCACCUCGUCAGUGUGGAGACUUUGCAGCCUUUGACUGGGACGGCUAUGGAACACACAAUGGAUGGAGUACCUCCAAGGAGAUCACUGAGGCGGCUGUCUUUCUCUUCUAUCGUUAAUCUGUAAACAUUUGUCCAUAGUCUUCCCUCAAGUUUUUGUUUACUUCAAUGAAGUAAAU